GCUGCGCUCUAGAGUCUAGAGCCAUUUAUAGUCGUGGGCGUGUAGCGCAGUUACGACGAAGGUGCAGUGCGUGUAGACCAGUGAUCCGGUCACAUAUAUAAUACGGUACGCAGCAGCACUCAUGACAAGAAGUGUCAAAAGUCAUAUUAAUGGAAGACAUGUUGCCAGUCAAGUGUCUAUAGGCAUAAGUGCACGCAUACUGAAAUCGAAGAGGGAGCCCAGAGCCGUAGCGCCUUGAGUUUGAUAAUGGCUGUCGCGAAACGCGGGUCAUUAUCGCAGCUCGGUAUUCGCGCUGUUGUACCUACUGCCUAAAAUAGCUGAAAAGCUCGCGCACGGCGCCUUGUGAGCGCCGCAAAGUUGACCACGCUGUGUUGGACGUUGACAUCGCUCCGUUUUACUGACACUACAGGCUCGCACGAACACGCGCACACGUCAGAGUCGCACUCGCCGGACUCGUCUCGCGUCCGGCUACCGCUCUAGACCGUAUCACUCCGUACUACUACUGCAUGCGUGUAAAUGUGUAUUACAAGUACAAAGCAGUAAUUUGGUUAUCGGUGACUGACUCCAAAGAAUCGUGCAGAGCGAAUUGGCGCAUCAUGCAGUGGUAUUGAGUGUAGUGAGUACCUCUGCAUGGGCCCUGGUGCAAGUGUGAGCAUAGCGACAAGUGAAACGGUCAAAGAAUUCGAUUAUCAAUGAAAAUUUGUUAAGAGCUAAAACAAACGAAUGCCCGUGCACUUUCAGUCGAAAAAAUAAUCUUGCUGGCUAAAGUGCUCUGCUUACUUCUCACAUUGACGAGCUGAUUAUUUGCUCAACUAUGGCUAUCAACUUGACGAAAAAUAAGGACGCUUUGACUGCUGCUUGGCAGAGCGUCGUUGAUGACAAGUCCCCUAUCAAUUGGGCUGUAUAUGGGUAUGAAGGUCAGACAAAUACCUUAAAAGUUGUGAGUACUGGAAAAGGAGGACUAGAAGAAAUGAUUGAUGAAUUGAAUGAAGGACUAAUAAUGUAUGCUUUCUGUCGAGUUAUAGACAAAAAAACAACACUACACAAAUGCGUCUUAAUUAAUUGGCAAGGAGAAGGAGCUCCUAUAGUAAAAAAAGGAACUUGUGCAAAUCAUAUAAGAGAUAUAGAAAAGCUUUUGAAGGGUGCACACAUAACUAUAAGCGCACGCUCCGAAGAAGAUGUAGAAGUUGAAUUAAUCAUGGAAAAAUUGUCUAGAGCAACUGGUUCAUCUUAUAAAUUUAAUGAACCUAGAGGUCAAAAUGGAGAUCGUUCUAUCCCCAUAGGAACUACUUAUCGCAGGGUAAUUCCAGCACAAGAAAUAAAUGCAAGUGAGCGUGAUCAGUUUUGGCAAAAAGAAGAAAUGGAAGAAAAGCAAAGAUUAGAACAAGAACGUAUUCGACAUGAACAGAAUAGAAAAAAAUUAGAAGAAGAGGCAAAAAGGCGGGAAGAGCAAGAGAAUAAAUUGAGAGAGCAAAAGGUAGCUGCAAAAGAAAGUAUCAUAGCUGUGCAAAGAAAAGCAGAACAAAGAGCUGAAGAAAUAAAAAAUUUACGAAAUCAAAUACACAACAAAAAAAAUCAAGAUUCCGAUGAUGAACCAAUGUCUAGAUGUGACGAAUUGCGGAGACUUAGAAUUCAAGAAGCUCAAGAACUUAUGGCUCAAAGGACCAUUAAUGCAAGAGCAAUAUUUGAACAGAAUAGUAGUGCUGGUCAAACAAAAACUCCCAUAAUUCAUCAUCAAAGAGGACAUCAUGUAGAAGCUGCUAAAAGAGCAAUCGAACAAAAUCAAUUAGAACAAAAUAAGCAAAAAGAAAGUGUAAAAUCAGAAAACAGAUCAAUUAGUAUAGCAAAACCUGUUAGAGCACAAUAUUUUCAAUCUCUAAUUCAAUCUCAAUCAGGACCAAAUUCUAAACAAGAGCAGCAAUCUCAAUCACAACAAAAACAAGAAGUGCUAGCUCCGGCUUGUAUAGAGAAUCAGUCUUAUUUAAAAUCAGAUCUUAACAAACAACCAACUCAACCUCAGUCUCCAUUACAAUUUAAAUCUGAACCAUCAUCCCACCAAUAUGCAGUACAACAAUUAGGCAAUGAUGAGGUACAAGAAAAAAUGGAAGAAACAGCUGAAUUGAAAGAAAGUACUGCAGUUAACAAUCAUGUAUCAUCUCAAGACAAAAUCAUCAGUGAAGCAGAGCAUAUGCAAAAAAUAUUAGCAACGCCAUCUCAAUCAGAAGAAAAUAUAAAUGAAGCAGAAAAUGAAUUAUAUGGCCAAUUGGAUGGUGGUCAAUAUUUAUAUCUUGAUCCAAAUAAUCAAGGUAUGAAAGCUCGUGCUCUUUAUGAUUAUCAAGCUGCAGAUGAAACUGAAAUUACUUUUGACCCUGGUGAUAUCAUCACUCAUAUUGAUGCUAUUGAUGAAGGAUGGUGGCAAGGUUUAGCUCCCGAUGGAACGUAUGGUCUUUUUCCGGCCAACCACGUUGAAGUUAUUGAUUAUGGCUCUUCAUGAUUGAAAGACCUGGGUGGUGCAAUGUUUUAUUAAUUUCUGAUUUCUUGGUGAUGAAAUAAUACUAUUGAAUGUUUAAUUUCUAUAUUUUCAUUUUGAUUGCAUUUAAAUAAAAAAAUUAUUAUUCAUUUUAUGAUGAAGAUGAAAUAGCAGCAAUAGCUUUUUGUAACUUAUAAUACAUUCAUGUAAUAUUUUCUAAUUUUGAUCAAGUUAUAUACAUUUCUCAGGAAUUUGAAAGUGUCAAAUUUUUAUUUUAAACAACGAAUAUGAAAGGUGUAUUUUUGUCACCAGGUUUUUGAAAUUGUUACAAAUGUUUCAAAGUUAGAUUUAACAGCUUUAGGUUGAAUUGCUUUAACAAUAUUUAACUUAAAAAAAAAAAUUGAUGACGAAAACCAGUUUUAUCUUAACUAGAAUCCUGUUAAUUUUAAAGAAUAACCAACGAUUUUGUGUUGAGUAUAAAAAUAAAGAUAUUGCAUGUUUUACUCAAUAAAAUUGUACUUAAGAAAUUAAUGUAAUAAUAUAUUCUGUAAGAAUAUUCAGCCGA